UACCAAGCAUCCGCGUCCAGAACCUGCUGAAGUAACCAGUGUGCUAAUCAGCCCAGUCGCGUCUUGGCCAAUGCCUUGGCAUGCUUGGAUGCACCCAUGCUUAACCCAACAUGGCAUGACGAGAGCAUCGCAGCCUAUCAGACUGCCAUGUGUUGGGUGUGAGUCCCCGUGCUGGCCAUCAUCUCAUGCAGGAACUGGGUACCUUGGCCGUGCUCUCUGCCUCUCACCGUGAACGGAACUGUCUAUCGGCAGCUGCAAGAUCAGCAUGUCGCGAAAUUGCAUGACCCAUGUGGACCCUCAUGUCCCAACCGGAGCGUCCAGAUUACCAAAUUCUGUGCAGGUUUGCGUUGGAUGGGUUCUGGAUUCCCAGCUUAACUAAGGCACUCGAUCGGUGGAGAUAUCGACAUGGCUACAUAAACACCAGACAGACCCCUGACACUGCAGACAACAAUCAGAUCUCAGUCUCGGAUUCAUCGUCAUGCGUCAAUUCUGGCUCUUGCCGGCCGUGGCUGGCCUCGCCCAGGCUCAAUGCCCGUAUCUGUCCGGGGAAAUGAGCUUCACCCAAGAGGCCGACAACCCGACCGAUACCUUUCAUGUCGUGGAGCAGGCCAUUGACAAUACCUUGUAUGUCAAUGAUACUGAUACCUACAUGACCACCGAUUUUGGCACCCCGAUCUCGGAUCAGACCAGUCUCAAGGCGGGGGCCCGGGGCCCGACCCUGCUGGAGGACUUUAUCUUCCGUCAGAAGCUCCUCCGGUUUGACCAUGAGCGGAUUCCCGAGCGUGUGGUUCACGCCCGUGGCGCUGGCGCAUACGGUACUUUCAAGUCCUACGGCGACUGGUCUAAUGUUACUGCGGCGGAUUUCCUGAGUGCGAGUGACAAGGAGACGCCUAUGUUCUGUCGCUUUUCUACCGUCGUUGGCUUCCGGGGGAGUGUGGAUACGGCACGCGAUGUCCACGGACACGCCUGUCGCUUCUAUACCGAUGAGGGCAACUACGACAUCGUCGGUAUCAACAUGGCCCCCUUCUUCAUCCAAGAUGCCAUCCAGUUCCCCGAUCUGGUGCAUGCCAUCAAGCCCAUGCCCAACAAUGAGAUCCCCCAGGCCGCCACUGCCCACACGUCCGCGUGGGAUUUCUUCAGCCAGCAGAGCACGGCCCUCCACAGCGCCCUGUGGUUGAUGUCGGGUAACGGUAUCCCUCGGUCGUUCCGCCACAUGAACGGCUACGGUGUCCACAGUUUCCGCUUCGUCACGGCCAACGGUACCUCUAAGGUGGUCCGCUACCGCUGGAAGUCUCUCCAGGGUGUGGCCAGUCUGGUGUGGGACGAAGCUCAGGCUGCUGCCGGCAAGAACAGCGACUUUCACCGUCAGGAUCUGUACAACUCGAUUGCCAAUGGCCGCUACCCCAAAUAUGAACUCGGGGCUCAAAUCAUGGACGAGGCCGACAUGCUCCGCUUCGGAUUCGAUCUCUUGGAUCCCACCAAGCUAGUCCCCGAGGAGAUCGUCCCCUACACCCCUCUCGGCGUCAUGGAGCUGAACGCCAACCCGACCAACUAUUUUGCCGAAGUCGAGCAAGCCGGCUUCCAACCCGGCCACGUCGUCCCCGGCAUCGAUUUCACCGAUGACCCCCUCCUGCAAGGCCGUCUGUUCUCCUACCUGGACACCCAAAUCAACCGUCAUGGCGGUCCCAACUUCGAGCAGAUGCCCGUCAACCGGCCCCGCAAGCCCGUCCACAACAACAACCGCGACGGCUUCGGCCAGCAACAAAUCCCCACCAACAACUGGGCCUACACCCCCAACUCCAUGAGCCAGGGUUACCCCCAGCAGGCCAACCAAACCCACGGCCACGGCUUCUUCACGGCGCCCUUCCGCACCGCCACCGGCCACCUCGUCCGCGAGGUCAGCCCGACCUUUGACGACCACUGGUCCCAGCCCGCCAUGUUCUGGAACUCGCUCGUCCCCGCCGAGCAACAAUUCGUCGUCAACGCCAUCGUCUUCGAAAACUCCAAGGUGUCUAGUCCCCACGUCCGCCAAAACGUCGUCACCCAACUCAACAAAAUCAACAACAACCUCGCCGUCCGCGUCGCCCGCGGUCUCGGUCUCGACGCACCCACCCCCGACCCGACCUACUACACCACCAACAAGACCUCCAACGUCGGGACCUUCGGCACGCCCCUCCUCAGCGUCGAGGGCCUCCAGGUCGGCUUCCUCGCCUCCAACGCCCACCCGGCCUCCAUCCAGCAAGGCCAAGCCCUGGCCGCGCAAUUCGCCGCCGCCGGCAUCGACCUGAACAUCAUCACCGAAGCGUAUGCCGACGGCGUCAACGCCACGUACUCCAUCUCCGACGCCAUCGCCUUUGACGCGCUGAUCAUCGCCGACGGCGUGCAGAACAUCUUUGCCACCCCCAGCUGGUCCCACCAGAACACCACCUCCUCCUCCUCCUCCCUGUCUGCGUUGUAUCCCCCCGGCCGACCCUUCCAGAUCCUGAUCGAUUCCUUCCGCUACGGUAAACCCAUUGCGGCGGUCGGUAGUGGUCGUCAGGCGUUGACGAACGCGGGCAUCUCGUUGACGCGCCCGGGUGUGUAUACCGGUUCGAAUGAGACGAGUGCUCAGAUCGCCAAGGAUGUGAUUGAGGGGUUGUAUACGUUCCGCUUUUUGGAUCGGUUUGUGUUGGAUGAGUAGGGUAGAUACCAUGAUGAUUGUGUGCAUAGAUACGUGACAUAUGUCUUUCUUUUUUUUUGAAUAGAUCGUUUGGUUGAUCAUUGAUUUGAUUAAGCUGUGGAUUUUCUUGGGCUGUUCAGAUAUCUUCUUGAAUUAUUCCGCUCAGGAUAGCUAUACCCCUGAUGCAACGUCCACUGUCUACCCCACAGAAGCUGGCUGUGGUUUUGGCGUUAGCACUCCCAAGAAAAAUAGGUGGUCCACAGGAGCAGAGUCGGGCUGAAUGACUGAAUACUCGGCUGCAGGGGAGCACUCCUUGUCGAAUGAUGAUGUUUAGCGGGGUGAGUGUGCUUGCAUAUGAGAGAGAAUUGGCUCAUUUAGAAUGAACUUGAUGGACGGUCAUUC